AUGGGGUUCAAGAGAAGAAUGUCACUGAUCUUACAAGGAAUGUUGGGAACGACACGUGCUCAGUCUGAGGAGGAGCUUCCGACGCCGCCGAGUUUGGACAUUUCAGAGGUGACCCACCACUCGUGCCAAAUCAAAUGGAAGAAGCUCGAAAAUACGAACAUCAAGCUCCGAAAAAAGGAUGAUACGAUCGAACUUGUCUACUCUGGCUUCAACAACGAAACAUUAGCUGCGGAGCUAGAAAGCACAACGGGCUAUCAUUUUAGGAUCAAGAUCGAAUUCGACGGAAAAGAAGGUUCUAAAGAGUCAGAAUGGGUGAAAAUCUGCACGACAAAGCCACCUAUUGGAGUUGGCGACAUAAAUAAAGCAAUCAAACGCGACGACGCUGUUAAAGUGCGAACGAUUCUUACGAUCGAGAAAAACGUGGAUUUGGACGUCGUUGAUGAGCUCGGAUUCAGCCCUUUGAUGGCGGCCGCUGCGUACAACGCGCUGGAAUGUCUGGACUGUCUUCUAGAGUAUGAUCCUGAUUUGGACCUUCAAAAUCCUUCCGGAAAGACGGCGCUCAUGCUCGCGUGUCAAUCAGGACACGAAGAAGUUGCAAUUAGACUAAUGGACGAAGGAGCUGGUGUAGAAGGCGGCGAUGGGUCUACUCCUCUUCACUGGGCAGUCGAUUCUAACUCAGUAUCCAUCGUCAAACGACUCAUAGAAUAUGAUUGCGAUGUUAAUGCUCUUGACGCCAAUUCUCAGUGGACGCCGAUUUUCCGACUUGCCAGUGUUACUGGAUCUCCUGAUGUUGCACAAGCUUUAAUCGACGCCGGCGCCGAUGUUUCCAUCACUGACGAUGAAGGAAAAACCCCACUCAUGCAAGCCACAAUCAAUAAUAACGCUAAAUUAGUCCAGGUUUUACUUGAAAAUGGUGCCGAUCCAGAUGUUCAAAAUAAUCUGGGAAGAAGUGCGCGAGAUAUGGCGAUUGCUUUUGAUAAAAAUCUUGUUGUUGCUCAGUUCAAUAAAUUAUCUGUCAAAUAA